AUGCGAAGGCCAAGUCAUGACUCAUUUGUUUACACCAUUGUCAUGGAAACCUGGCCUCUAGUCGCUGUGUUCGGCUGCAAUCGGGUUACAUUUGAAACAAAAAGGCAGCGUCCCGAUACAAGAAAAAUCAACUCAAAAGUGCAGGGGAAAGGUCGGCUGCCGCUAAAAAAAUUACUUUCGAACCUUACAGAAGAACUAGCUCCCGACGAAUAUCACCCAAGGUCGAGUUCGAUACUGGAACGUCUUCUUCGUUCAUCUCCUAAGAAAAAGCUUAUCAGUUCUUCUAAUUUCCAGAAGGAGUCCACACUCCCUUCCACAGAUUCUUCAGAAUUUUAUACCUGCAAAAUAUGCUUAGAAACAUUUUCGAAAAAGAAAGCAUACAUCCAACACCGUCUUCUUCAUCAGCCCAAACGAUAUAGUUGCAAUGUUUGCGGGUAUACAUCUUUCAGUCCUUAUAGCUUCCACGUUCACACCACAACUCACGAAGUCAAACGCACUUUUCCUUGCAACCUAUGCAGCUACAGAGCAAAGACUGAACAUUAUCUUAAGUAUCAUGUGAUAACUAACCACACCAAGGAAUACCCUUAUAAAUGCGACUCAUGCGAUAAAGGAUACAUUUCACGAUCAGCCCUAAGAAUGCACCAAAAAUCUAGCCAUGAAAACCAUUAUUUUGUAUGUGAAUUUUGUAAAAACAUGUACAAGAACAAGCGUCACUACAAACAACAUCUUAGUAUACAUUCUUGCGAUUCUGCUAAAAAGACAUACACUUGUGAGUUAUGUUCAAAAGUGUUCUACGAUGAAGGAUUCUUGCGACAACACGUGAGAAAGCAUGUUUAUAUUCGGGAACCGCAAGUUUGUGACGUUUGUGGUAAGGUUUUUAAGAACAUAGAAAUUCAUAGGCUGACUCAUAAUGAAGAGAAGCGUCACGUUUGUGAGGUAUGUGGAAAGUCGUUCCAUGCCAGUCAUAAUUUACAGUCUCAUAUGAGAGUUCAUACUAAGGAAAAACCAUACAGGUGUGACAUUUGUGGCAAAACAUAUGGAGAAGCUAGCAAUCUUGCUGUACAUAGGAGAGUGCACACCGGAGAGAAACCGUACAAAUGUGAAAUUUGUACCCGCGGGUUUAUCUCCGGGAGUGGACUAAAAGUCCAUGUGUGUCAGGGAUUUCCAGGGUAAUCGAUUGAUGUUUAGAGUUAUUUAAAUACGAAAUGUAUGUUUUUAUAAUAAAAUAAAUUUUAAACACGCUUUAUUUUUUUACCAAAAUAUAUUUUUUUAAAGUACAGGUGCACACUGAUCAGUAUUUAAUGCGAAGAUAUAAUACCGUGUGAUUUUUUAAAUUUCUGCUCUAGUUCGCUAUGCAGCUUCCGCAAGCGUCAUAGCCUACUAGAGCAAGAAUUUGAAAAAUUUACCCGAUAUUAUCUAUUAAUUUAUUCGUGAACUAGACUGAACCAAAAAAGUAACCUUUUGGGUAAGGUAAAUAGUGUUUGCUUAUUAUUUUCAUACAUUUUAUAUUAAUUUAUUUUAGGUCACAAGAUAUAUGCGGUCUACACCAUGGUUUAUUUAUCUUUUUCCUGGAGACUGGAACUACUAGCAGCAAAUAAUUAUAUGAAAAUAGUGGUUUUUAUUUAUUUUUAUUUACACUAUAUAUAAAAAACUGUAGCUGCAAUAUA